GUAACUCGAGCCUCCUCUAGUGUGGUGUUAGUACGACAGAACGUUGAAAGGAUCGUAUCUCGUGAAAAUUACGUUAUUUCGUAAAACUCGUGUGCAUCAGUCAGAAGCUCCCUGAAGAGUCAGUGAGUUGGAUUAGCUGUCAACGGUGUCUUCUUGUGAUAAACUGUUAACCAAAGCCGAGAAAAUUCCAACAUUUAGUGAAGUGUGCAAAAGAGGCACGCUAGGGAUUAAGCCGGAGACUAAGCAAGAACAAACACUUACGGAUAUGACACGUUGCCAAAGCUUGCAGUCUUAUGCAUCCGUCGCGAUGACAGACAGUGGUUCAUUACCCUGGUUAGAACAAAAAGAACAGAGGUGUCCUAGGACCACGAUAACUUGUGGAAUGCUGCCAACAUUAAGAGCACUGGCAUCCAAGGAAUGUGAAAACAGUCAAGGCACCAUCUGCCUCGUGCCGUUUGAUACCGAAAUGGAUUCAGCCAGCCAUCUGCAAAUGAUCUUGUUAGAGGCUUAUUGUCGUGAAACGGGAAUCAAAGUGUUACGAGUAUCCAGAGAGCGGAUACGAGAUCACUUGUGUCCGGGAAGCGGCGAUCCCUCCUGUGUGUUAAUCUCCAAUGAAGAUCCAUAUUUUCUCGAUCCACCGGAAUGAAUUGGAAGUACUUCUUCAGGAAUGAAUAUUUUUUUUGACUGGAUAUAGUCAUGCAACGUUGCUACGUUCCCUGAAGCUGCGAAGGACCGUUGGUCGAUCGGUGAAGGCGGAGGAUGUGAUCGAUUUUCCGUUUGAGCGUCGUCACGGUUGAAGUGGUGGAUCGUUGAAGAGCUCCGAUGAUAGACGGUUGUCGUCUGGAGGCAGCGGACUGACGUAGAUAUCUGCGUAAAAUUAAUGUACAAUGAACAAAAAGUUUCAAGCGUGAAGAUCGUUUAAACAUUUAAACGAGACAAGAACGGAAAAAGAAAUGAACAAUUGCGUCAGUCGUGCGGAUACGCAUACUUGUAUGUAUAGUUAUGUUCCGCGCGCACGUGUGUAAUUAUGAUGUAAUUGUGGAACAUCGAAGAAAUACGAAAUAAUUAUUUUGUAGUAGAAUAUCGAGAGAGAAGUUAUUUUUAUGACACAAUGAUUAUUUU